AUUCGACAUCAGCCAUCAAGGCUGGAGAGAGAGAAAUCUAGCUAGAGUACAGGCAAAUGAAUACAAGAGUUCUGAGACACAAGAGUGACGAGGAAAGAAGAAAGAGACGAGAGAGAUGAGAGAGAAAUGGGAAAAGACGAGAAAAAGAUGAGAAAGAAGAGAGAUAAAAUGACAAGUCCGGGACAGGAAGAAAGAAGACGACUGCAGAGAAACCCGCCCUGCAGCGCAUCUGCUCACUCCCCUUUACCCUUUUACCCCCUGCAGCCAGCGAACGUCCCUCACCAGCCCAAGGUUCACUUCUUCGCACUCCUCAACAUCCGUGUUGACACACCUGCCCUAGCAGGUACAGGUGCUUUGUCUGUCGAUCCAGUCCCGGACGCCUUGGGCUUGCCUUUCCCACGCAUGGGCUUAGGCUCCUCAACCCCCGGCUCUGCUUCAGGGACAGCCUUCGACCUCUUCCUGACCGAAGCAGUCUUCUCCGCCCGAGCAGCAGCAGCUUUCGCUGCCUCCUUCUUCCCCUCUGUCGCUCGAGCAGUCGAGCUCUUCUUCAC